AUGAAGCUGGCUCUCACUCUCAUCACCUUGGUCGGACUGGCCGCCUCCAAUCCCAGACCUCAACUUCCAACCCCUGACAUGCCUCCUCCGCCUCUCUCUUCUCACGCUCCUCCCCCAGAGACAGACGAUGAUCCCAAGCCUCCGCCUACAACUUCAACAACCACUUCGACUACCAAGGGCGGUCCGCCUCCAGAGCCGACCAAGGCGCCGCCCACCCCAGACGGGCCCAUCUGCGAAUGCGGCUACACGUACUGCGCAUCUGUGCUGAUGGGCAUGAAAAAGCCGUGGUCUCAGAAGCAGCUGGGCGAGGCAUACUGCGACACGCCCAACGCCAGCUGCGACAACAACGUGCCGGCCACCAACAUCACGUCUGCCCUCUACAUCUGCCUCUGCGACGAUCCUGACCAAGAGGUUGGCUCGCAUUUGGAUCUUGUUUGUGGGUGUGACAAGUGUUUGAACAUUGGGCCUGACUUUCGUGGCCGCUGCGAGACUCCGUGCCACGCUGGGAACUGCCAGAUGCAGAUGCAGCUGCAGUGA